AUGUUACUUGUCGCAUUUGACAAAGGAGAAGCAAUGGGUGCGGAACACUUUUCCAGGGUCCGACAUAGGCUCGUAAAUGAAAUUAUGGAGCAUCCAAUUGAGGAUAAGAUACUGCUGCGAGUGAAGACGCUGUUAACAGACAGAAAGCAGAGUGUAGUAAUCAACGUGUCACUCUCAGGCUGCAUAAACCGCGAGCAUGUGUUCCUUUGUGAGGCCACUGGCAACAGGGCACUUCAUAUUAUUCUUGGCAUUUUUCCAAACAUCACCUGUUUCAUUCUGGACGUGGCUGAUAGCCAGCUGAUCGGAUUCUGUACUGCGCCUAAAGAUCGGAGGAUUCUGAUCAUAGACGAGCAGCGGCAGCGGGUAGAAGAGGCCGUGCUGUGCCAGGAGGUUGAGUGGGACCGUACCGACAGGCAGGUCGGUGGGCUGGUGUGGCAGCGCACAGAGGCCUGGGGCCAGGAUGCGGACGAGCCAGGGAAGGUGCUGGUGUCGGUGGCCGGCGUGCGGGGCCAGGAGCAGCACCCGCCGACUACAUUGCAGGGCCCAGCCCGCGAUCGACCGGGGUCUUCCCCAGCACAGCGCAGACGCAAGUCGGAGUAUCCCCGUCGGCGGAGCUGCAUCUCGUUCACAUUCGGUGGGGUGGAGCUGAGCGCGGGCCGUACUGAAGAAGGCGAGGAGCCGGUAGAGAUCCGAGAUCUGCAGCGAUUCGGUACAACUCACAGAGAAAACGGUGAGGGCCCAGUGUGCCGGCUGGACCUGCGUACCUGCAGCGAGGCCCUGGGGGAGCUGGUGGGCUGGGCACACAGCCACUGCCGGGGCUGCCCCCACCUGCCCAGCCUGAGGUACCUGCCAGCCAGUGGCACCACCCCUGCCGUGGCUAUCUGGGCCUGCAGGGCCGGCCACACCUACCGCUGGCGAGCGGCAGGGCACCACCCGCGACGGAGAAGGCACCAGCGGCAUCGCCGCCAGGACACGGAGGCCGCAGGGUCCCCGGCGCCGGUGACGACGACCUCGGAUUCCCAGGAGGAGGCGGAAGGUGGCCCAAGUCCGGAGCUGGAGACGGAGCGUGGUCUGGACUUGGAGGAGGCAGAGGGACAGAGCGAUGGGGGCCCUGAGUCCCACUCCGUUGCCUCCCUGCGGAUCGUGGAGUGUGAGUUGGAGGAGCAGGGCCCUGGAAGCAGAGGACCCAGGCCUGGCUGGAAGGUGAUCCCAUGUAAGGACGAGCAUUCGGACGAAGAGGUGCCCGAUGAAGGACUUGAUCCAAUCGAGCCUAUGCCAGAGCUUCCAGUGCUGAAGACUGCCCCUGUGGUUUUGAUGAAGACUAAAUUGGGCCGAGGGCGAUGGAGGGCCAAGAGCACGUGUGAAGAGCCAGAGUCCGACCCCACCUCGGAACCGCAAUGGGAGUCCCACUACUGGGAGAAGGCCUCACCCUCUGCAUAUACUGUCCCAGAAAUUCACACACACAUGGUCAACAGCCCGGAGCUGUCCAGAGAACGUCCGGCUGAGACACAGCCAGACACGGAGACAGAGACAAUGCAGCUCAUUUGCGAGUCGGUGCCAGACCCUGACCAGAAGGACGAGAGUAUCUCCCUGGCUGGGUUAGCUGCUGCUGCUGGUCUCCCCAAUUCCAUCAGAGAGCCAGAAUUGGAAAACAGUGAGGAAGAGGAACCAGAGUUGGUGGAGACUGACGAUGACAUCCCAUUCCACGAUGAUCCCAAAGAUGAAAUGUAUGAGCCGUCACCACACAGGGAGCGUGGGAAGCCGAGGCGGAAACCACGUAAAGAGAAGGAGAAACUGGAGACGGUGGAGCAGGUGGAGACUCCUAAGAGGAGGCCACGAAGAUCCAAAGAAGAUAGAGGACCCCGUCCACCUAAAAAACGGAAGAAGCCUCCUAUCCAGUAUGUGCGCUGUGAGAUGGAAGGUUGUGGAACCAUCCUCGCCAAUCCAAGGUAUUUGCAGCAUCACAUGAGGUACCAACACAUGCUGAAGAAGAAGUACGUCUGUCCACACCCGUCCUGUGGCCGCCUCUUCCGACUUCAGAAGCAGCUGCUACGGCACACGAAGCACCACUCGGAUCAGCGGGAUUAUAUCUGCGAGUAUUGUGCCCGUGCCUUUAAGAGUUCUCAUAAUUUGGCCGUUCAUAGAAUGAUCCACACAGGAGAGAAGCCUCUACAGUGUGAGAUCUGUGGCUUCACCUGCCGACAGAAGGCAUCAUUGAACUGGCACAUGAAGAAACACGAUGCAGAUGCUAACUACCAGUUCUCCUGCAACAUGUGUGGGAAGAAGUUUGAGAAAAAAGACAGCGUGGUGGCUCACAAGAGCAAAAGCCACCCGGAGCUGGUCAUCGCCGAGGCUUUGGCGGAGAGUGCUGAGUGUACCGUCCUGGACCCUUGCAAUGCACCCUGAGACAGACUCGUGCCAUUCGGAACUUACCCACCCCUUCCCCUCGAUGUCACGGGGGGAGAGAGAGUGAGUGAGAGAGAGAGAGGGGAAGGGGCGGGUGGCAGAGAGAGACAGAGGAGGAGGGAGACUCUCCUCAAUUCAACUUAACCGGUGUACGCAUGUGGAAUGGCAGAGGGACAUCUUCAUUCAAACCCAGAUACCCUCCCCUCUUCUGCCCCAACCGUUGCUCGGAUUGCAUCCCCAGCCACGUCCGCCAUACCCCUCCAAGGAGAGACCUCCAGCUGUAUCUCAGUCCCUGUUGGAGCCCCCUCCCCUGCCCAUCCGCCACAAAGGGUCCGGAUUGUUCUCCUAGGCAAGGUGCAGCAGAGAUGCGUGGACCGGGGUUGAAGUUUACCACUGCAUUCGCAAGGCAGCAUAUCAACUGCCUGAAGCAUCACUAGAGCGAAUCUGGAGCAUGUCGUUUGCGUGUGUGUGUGUAUGUAUAUGUGUGUGUGCGCGCGCGCAUGUGUAUCUUGUAUUAUCAUGGAGAUGAGGCAUCUUGCGUAGGAUCUGAAUUGGAUUGGCUUACAAUUAGAGAGAGGGCAAAUCAAAUAGGUGUUCUUGUUACUGUUUGUCAGGUGAUCCCUCUUGGUGAGAGGAAGAGUAGAAAUGAGCCAAGGGUUCUGCUUCUGAUCACUGGGUUGGACAGAGACCAGAAAUAGGCCAGGGUUCAUCCUCCUGAUCACUGUCCCUGAGAGAGAGGGAGGGGAAAUCAGCCACAGUAUAUGUUUGAGGGGGUCUUAGGGUUCCGAAUGUUUCCCUUUCCAGUGAAGGGGAAGGUUGAAGAAGAAGCAGCUCCAGCACAGCAAGGGAAAGAAACAUUCCACUGAUCCGCUAGUACUGUUGAUUCAGUGCCGCGUGAAAUGCCUGGGAUCCGAGGGCCCUCAGACGCUGGCGUUGGGCGCACGUGGAGAGGAUUGAAAGACUGGCAUCCCAUUGUUGCUCCCUGGGCAGAAACAGUGAUGUUGCCACUGAGAUAACGAGAGAGAGAGAGCACUUAGACAAAUGUGUGUUGUGGGUAGGGGGGAUCUGAGUGUGUGUAUAUGCCAAGUGAAGGUGUCUGAGUGUGGAGUGAGCCCCAAUGCAAGUGGGGUCUUGGUUUGUGCACGUGUUCACGUAAAUAUGUGCUGCACAAGAGGUGAGCUAGUACACGACAGGGUGAAAGCACCGGUGAAUGCUGGAUUGAGAAUUUGGUGAGCCCUUACGCUUGGGUGGGGUGGGUAACAAGCUCAUGCCGAAUGGUUAUUGAGAAUUGCUGCAUAAAGUUGUGUAAUUGAGAGAAUGUGUAAAGGUGUGUCUGAGCGUGUAUAUGUAAAAGCGCGCACGAGGGUGAGCCUGUACGUGCAUGUUUGUAUGUGUGUGUUAUGGGUCGGAGGUCUCUCUGCUCUGAUGGUGUAAAUACCUGUAGUGAAGUGGGCCUGUAGUCAGACCCUGUUGGAAGGAGUUGAUGGCUGUAGUUGGAUUUAUACUGAGCUGGAAAUCACGCGGGGGUUUUUGUUACAGUUUCACGUUAUGGAUUGCAUAGACGAAACCAUUAGACUCCACUGUGAGCACUGUUUAGUAGAAAUAAAUCUGUAUAAUUAACUAUUAAAAAAGAGCAAUAAACACAGUAUUUUCUUCCA